UCCAAAAUCCAACCCCUAUUAAGGGGAGUGGUUUUAUUUGUUGCUCGCACGAGCCAUGUUGCGAAAACCUUAACGUCGAAAUUGGUAGCCACACAUUUCAUUUCAUUCCAGUGGAAACCCUAGCACGCGACACAUUAAAUUAAUUGUGACACUGCGUUUUGGAUGUGAGUGCGCGUCUAUAAUUGGAACAUCCGGUACAUAAACUUCAGUUGUUGACUCAGUUUAGUGACCACGUUGAACUCUGUGAUGCAUCUUAACCUUUCCGUUUGUCUAAUUAAUUAAUACUGUGCGUUGUUAAUUGUGCUUUUAACAAAUGGCUUCGAUCAGCGUGGUCCACUACAAUUCCGCGUCCCCGCACAAGCUGAACGUGCUGCAGCAGACCAACACGAACAAACGGGAGGUGAUAGUGAUUAGGAAACCGCAAAACAUUCUUCCACAGCCUGAAGACUACAACAAGGAAGCAAUCCUGGUGAACAACGCGAAGAAAAAACCGGCGAAACCGGCAGCCAAAACGUCGCCUCAACCAGUGGCGGUGGCCAGAAGAAACGCGCGCGAAAGAAACCGCGUCAAACAGGUAAACAAUGGUUUCGCCAACCUGAGACAGCACAUACCGAAUUUCAUCGCACAAGCCUUCGAAUCCAGCAACGGCAGGGGCGGAAACAAGAAACUCAGCAAGGUGGAAACCCUCCGAAUGGCCGUGGAGUACAUCAGAAGUCUGGAGGACAUCUUGGCCAUGGAUAAUCCUCAGGGAACCACCAGCGAGUUGCAAAAUCAGAUCCAGUACAACUAUCCGGAGUUGUCACCUUCCGAAGACGGUUUCGACGAGGACGACGUGUCGUUGACUCAGACUCCUCCUCCUCCUCCUCAGCAGUUUAUUAAAAUCAACACCUCGUCGAACACCUAUCAAAUUAUACCGGGCAAUCUGUACGAUAACUCCGAGAAUCUCGACCCUCUGAUUAUGAGUAACCAGAUUAUUUCAGACACAAUGAUUGACCCCAAUUUGGACUUUACGAUGAACCAAGAUUUGUCCUACUUGAACAGUAUUCAAACAACAGGGAGUCUUUCUCCUGGCAUGUACAGCGAUCAGUCGUUGUCGCCUACCUCCUUGGAGAUGUCAGACCAAAAAUCUUACAUCCCCGUCUUCAACAGUCCGAUACAAGACGACGUAAAAAUGAGACUGAGUCCGAACGUACAAAUUAAGGAGGAAACUGAUAAUUUACCGGUUAUUUCGCUGAAAUCCGAACACGAGGUUCCUGAAGGCCAGAAGGACAAUGUCAUUGACGUUAUCCAAUGGUGGGAAGAGCAGCAACCACCUACCGUCAGAAGGAGCUAGCACUAGGAAUCGAUUUGCCAGUUUGCCAUAAGUGAUCUCAGAAGAAUGGACUUACUACACAUUGUAAGAUUCUAGAAAUUCUAGCAAUCUAGUCUAAGUUAUACUCGUAUAUAUUUAUAAUUUAUUUUGUAUAUAGUACUGU